AUGAUAACGUAUCUACAUCAAUUGCGCAUGGUUUGUACUCGAAUAAAUGGUGAUGCAGCUUCUCAUUUUGUCUCCUCGGUGGCUACAGCAGCAAGGCAAUUUGAAGUGAGUGAAGUGCCUCCAUCACAGCCGACUCUUGGAUCCCACCAUACUAGCUCUCCUUAUUUGAGUUCUGAUCCGCAAUAUGAAGAAGAAAAUAGAGCUAAUAGUGAGGUUGAAGUUCCUUCUCCAAGUAAACACGCUGAUGGCUUUGAAAGCAAAAAUUUUAUUCCUGCUUCUGUCGCUAUUCACUUUGGGAAAACUAAGAUCCUCUGCACCAAGCAAAUGGUCGCUAAGGCUCGCACUCUGUUAGAACAGACUCGGGCUCAAGCCCGUAACGAUUUCUCACCUUCCACAUUACAGACAUCUGGUACUGGCGGCCGGAGUCCUGUCCAUUUGAUACAAGAGUCUGAUAAAAAUGCUUUUAUGCACCCUCAGCGUCGCGCCUCAACAGGUAACUUACCUAACUAUAUUUGA